GUCUUUUUGGAUCCCUGUCUAAUUGAUCCGUACUUCUGAACUCUCUCUCGUAACCUUCGCAAGAAGCCAAAAUGAAGUUGAAGCAUAACAUCAACCCUGUUCUUCUGCAGUUUAUAAACUUUAUAAUCUUGGUGUACACCUUUGUAACAUACAUUCCAUGGUACAUAUUUUCGGGCUCAAGGCAGGCUAUUGCAAAAGCCAAGCAGGUUAAAGCUAAACCUGUGAAUAACAAGCCUGGGGGUGCGUACAGAUCUGUUAACAGCCUGCAUUGCUUAGCUUCCGUUUUAUAUCCUGGGUGUGAUACACUCGACAAAGUUUUUAAAUAUGCUAAAACGAAAUUUAAGGACAAAAAACUCUUGGGAACACGUGAAAUUCUAAAAGAGGAAGAUGAAAUCCAACCAUCGGGAAAAGUUUUUAAAAAGGUCAUCCUUGGCAAGUACACCUGGCUUUCGUACGAAGAUGUCUACGUCAAAGCUGUUAACUUUGGAAAUGGCUUAGCAGUAUUGGGUCAGCAACCAAAGACUAACAUCGCUAUCUUCUGCGAGACCAGAGCGGAGUGGAUGAUUGCAGCACAGGCCUGCUUUAUGUGCAACUACCAGC